AUGGCAUCCAAGCUCUUACAAGUCUUUGUCUUUGCUAUCAUGAUUAGCACGGGUCUGUGUACCAUCUCAAGGCAGACUUGCAAUGGUGGAUAUACGACUGGGACUAAUUCUGAUCACAUUUGUCAAGUCUUGCGAGGCGGCAACUACAAAUGCCCUAUGAGCUCAUGUAGUCUCGGUGGUGAAAUGAAGGGCUGUACGGCGGAUCCCGGCCAGCAUGCCCCUGCUCUUUCUGCUAGCCAGGUAUUAAAAUGUCAAGAAUUCUACAGCACGACGGCCGAUGGCCAGAUACAUUGUCGAUCCCAAUACCCGUACCACUAUAUCGUGAAGUGUAAAACGUGGCAACCUGUCGUCUGCAACAACUGCGAACAAGUGUAG